UAUAGAAAUUGAGAGGGGGCAUAGCCAUGGAAGCAACUAGCACCCCCAGCUGGAAUAUUACUAUGAUGCUCAUGAUCAACGUUAUGCUUGUGCUGCUUGUUCAUGUAGUGCAACCACUUCCACAGGGCCGAAUUUAUUUUCCUGAAUUUAGUCCUCCUUCUCCUCCUCCUCCUCCUCCUCAAAGUCCGAAUCCAUAUCACACGCGUAUAUGUUAUGAAUCCUGUUCAUAUGAAUGCCGCGGGGAAAUGAGUAAGGAUAAUUCACCCAAUCCCUCUCCAAACCCUCCUGACCUCCCAGACCAACCCAAAAUUCCUCCCAUGGGUUGUGGUGGUUAUUGCUAUCUGAGAUGCUCCGAACAAAUGCCGCCAAACCUCUAUCAAUGUACUGCUGGAUGCGCUUAUAAUUUCAUGACUACCACAACCCCAACCCAAUCCAAUGAUGAUUCAGUUGCAGAUGCUGAGAAAUUGAAGAAAGAUAUCGGUUCCUGCUACAAGAAGUGCCAGAAGUAUUCUCAAGGACAGUUGGGUUGACAUAUGAUAUCAUCUCUAUAAGAAUCAAAGAAAAGCAGUGGCGAAAUCAAUAAUGGAUGUAACAAUUUUAGUGUCCUACGUUUGCUUUUCCGAACGUUUAAUAAGUAUAUGCCCUAUAUAUCAGCCUCCUAUCACAAAAUCUAUAUAUGUAUCUGUCAAUAAAUCAACGAAUUAAACAAAUU